AUGCUGCGACGACUGCUUCCGAACGGGACGGCGAUGCCACGGGCGGCAGCGCCGACAGUCAAUGUGUCCGUGACGCACGGGAAUGCGACCUUUCUGCCCGCGACGCAAGCCGUCCUGUCGCUGCCGCCCAAGGCCACCGCCGCCCCCGAUGCAAGCAGCGUCGUCCUUCUCUUGUACAUAGCGCUGUUCGUCAUCCUCCUCGGCUCAAUGCUCGUGUGCUACUUGCUCCGCCGAGCGCCCGCGCGUCGAUCGACCGUGCCAGCGCAAAUGGCAGCGUCGCCGUACUACGAUCGGUUUGGGCCGCUGACGCCACCGACGCUCCUUGAAGAGGUCGGUCGUCCCUGCACCGAGCCAGAGCUGAGCCCUCUCGACUCGUCGUCGCCUUCAUCCUUGCACUCGGACGGCGAGACACCGGUCUUGCACGACGAAAAGCCGCGGCUCGUGAGUGUCGAUGCGCCGCCCACUUGCAUCUUGGCGCAUGAAAGUCCAGAGAGUCGCAGUUGCACGCCGCCGUUCAGCACGCGCGUGCCGUCGUUUUACACGUCACGCUUCACGGACAAGUCGCUGCGCUACUCGGUCAACUCGGAGGCGUCGAGCGACCGCGACACGUCGCUCUUUGCCACCGUGCGCGACAGCCAUCUCUUCAAGGAUUUUAUGGGCAGCCCGUCGUCGCUCGCGUCGUCCCGGGGCUCGUCGAUCUUGUACACGCGUAGCAGCUCGGUGCUCAACGCACAGUUUUCCGUCUAA